AAUCAAAGUGUAUUUAUAAAAGAAAGAGUCCAAGCAACAAAAAUGGUAAAAUACUAUCUCAAAAGUUAAUCUUUUAUGAUGUGCUUUGAAGUUAAAACAUCACAAAAGCUUUUGACAUUGUCCAAUAAGAUUUUAUUAUUGGAAACUCUACAAGAGACUUCCUCACCUUUUCAAAUUAGAUCAGAUGUUCUAUUUCUCAGCUUUCUUGAUGUGUUAAAUUUAAUAGAAAAAUGGAGAGAUUUUUACAAGUUCAGUCUUCAUUUAUAUUUUUAUUAUCAUUUAUUUGUUCUUUCAUCAUCUCAAAAACAUCAAAUCUCGUAAAUUUUGGGUUUCAUAUCAAAUGUGAGGGUUUAUGUUGAACAUAUAUUUGUUUUUAACUCUGAUUUAUUAGAUUUGGAAAAACAAAUAAAUGAUAUGAAAAUCUCUCCAUUUGAUAUAACAUUUGAUGACUCUAAUAAGCGACAAUACUAUUUGGCUUAUGAGGAUUUACGUUUAACUGCAUCGGGACCAGAGCCGUUCUAUGAAGAUCCACGUUUGGGUUUACUUGCACCAUAUGUUGAAAAUCUUUUGUAAGUCUUUCCUCCGCAACCUGCAUAAUUGUUUAAUAAAUUGAUUUCUCCGAGAAUUGAAACAUAAACCUAUUAUUGUAGAAACAUUAAUGAACUCUUAGUCAAAUCACUGGAUUAAAAAGACUUCAACGUAGCAUAUAUCUGUUUUGCUAAUGAUUUGUCUUUACAGAUAGUGCAUCCACUUCUCUAAAACAAUUUGUUGAGGUUUUACGAAAAAUAAAUGAAGUUGAAAAGUUUAGCAAUUAUUAUGAGGAAAUUUGCAUUAUAUAUAGCUGGGAAACUCAAUAUGGUUUCAAGAGGCUGGGCUGCACUCAUAUUCUUAUAUACUAACCACCUGAAGAACCUAGAACGAUGGUAUAUAUGUAAUACUAACGAUUAAAUGCAAUUCCUCAAUAAUAUUUUUAAUAAAAAUCUUUCGAAAAAAUCUUAUCAAAUUUUUUUAAAUCAGGUUUAUGCGACAAACACGUGUGUGUGUGUGUUUUACCACUAACCAAUUCUUAAUCUAUCUAAAUUUUGUUUUCAAGAAUUUCAAUAAUAUAAUAUGCUACUUGAUUAUUGUUUUUCACUACAACUUACUCUUUUUAUCGAAAUAAAAUUAUCUUUAUCAGAAAGCUUUUUUAAUGUGGCUAUCUGUUUAAAUACACGCUAAACUAUUAUAAAUUUUAAUUUUUUAUUUAUAAGACACAUUAUAAACUAUGAUUUUUAUUUAACAUGCACAUGUUUUAUCAUAUCUAUAUCGACUUUUAUAAUAACGAAUAUGGAAAGAAAUUUUCACAAGAAAAAAAAAGAAGAAAUUUUCACCACGAGAUGGUGUACAAAUAUAGACCCAAACUUCUAUGUGUUGAAAGACUUUUGUUACAACUUACAACACACGGUUACAAGUUUUAAAAACAGAAAUGUUACUUGAAUAUGUGUUGUAUAAGCUAAAAAUGAUAAUAUGACCAGUUAAUUACUAUAACUCACAGAAAAUAGUUGCUUAGGUGGCCAGGGCUUAACACACCUAAAAUUCUAUGUAUUGAAAUAGACUUUUGUUACAACUUAUAACACAUGAUUACAAGUUUUAAAAACAAAAAUGUUACAUGAAUGUGUUGUAUAAGCUAAAAAUGAUAAUAUGACAGUUAGUUACUUUAACUCACAGAAAAGAGUUGCCUAGGUGGCCAGUGCUUUUAACACACCUAAAUGUUUGAAAAAUCAAUCGAUAUAUUUUCUUAAUUAAGAAAAAGAAAUUAAAAAACAACGAAUUAACUUCUCAAAAAUUACUGGCUUCCAGAAUCUGGUAAAAACUUUUUACUAUAUAAAUCAUCUCGAUCUAUCCAAAUUUUUUACUAAAUCAUCUUUGCUUCACAACACAAUAAACAAAACUAAACACUUUGAAUUACACAUUCACGGUACUUAUGGCAGCUCAAGUGUUAAAUAAAACUUAUAGGGCAUUCAUGAUUUUAACUUUAUUUACAAUGAUUUGUUCGAUACAAGUUUCUGAUUCAAUGCCAAGAGAUGUGUGUAUAAAAGAUUGUGUCAUAAAUCAAUGCAUGAAAGCAUCAAAAAAAGCAACUCCAGCAAUUUGUGACAACCCGUGCAAGAUCAUUUGUGAUCCAAUGAAUAAUGAGCGAUAUGUUACCCCUAGUCAAGGUUAUCGAAAUCCUGUAAAAAGGUUUUGUGAAACAUUUACUUGGAUAUGUCAGUAACUGGGAAAAUAUUUCUACAA